AUGGUUUAUAUGUCACCCAAAGACAUCUGCAACAUGUGCUUGGUGAACAAAAGCUGGUUAGAAUGUUGUAAAAUGAAUCCUACAGCUCAGCAGAAAUUGAAAGAGUUCAAAAAGUCCAUGAAAAUCAAACGCAGCCAAUCUAACAAAGAAAAUAUUAUAAAAGUGGCGCUUGAAAAAACAAAACACAAGCCUAAGCGCCUAACAAAAAGUGAAUUAUUUAAACAGUGUGCAAAUACAUUAAAGAAAGAUGAAUGCUUACAGAAAUGUCCCAAAUGUGAUCAUCCAGCCAAAGUGAGACCUGUUCAAGAAUGCGGUGUUUGUAUGAACAGCACAUGUGGCUAUCAUUAUUGUUCCAAAUGCCGUGCAAAAUACCAUGGUUCGGACUUAUGCUUUCAGGUGGGCACAAAACGUUUAACCAAGGAGAUUGUCAAUACUCGUACAGCAAAGAAAUAUUUAAGACGACUUUAA